UAGACAUAUUAAUGCCUCUUGUAAGACUGUGAUUGCAAUAGAAGAUCAUAAGUUUACAAUCGGUUUCAUGUUCUCUUCCCCACAGGAGAGAGACAUGACUAUCCUGGAUCCUCUGGGGAGCCUCAACAGCAUCCUGAUGCUGACGAGGCUGAGAAGAGUCUCUCCAGAUCAGAACACCAGAUGGACAACGCUAGCCCUUCCUCCCUCCCAGAGUCCCUGUGUCAUGCCUCUCCCGGUAGCACCUUACUGCUGGGUAUGAAGAGGUUGUCUGUGCUGCUGGUGGACUGCAGGAAAACAACGGGGCUGAGUGGAACUGUGAGAGGAGGAGAAGAGAAGAAAGGAUCAGAUUUGACUUAUCAAAGAGGAAAACCGAACUUGGAGGAACCAGCGACGUCCAAACCAGCAAGACGACACCUCUGCUCCCAUUGUGGAAAAAGUUUUAACCAGUUAGUUAGCUUGAAAAGACAUGAGAGGGUACACAUAGGAGCGAAGCCACACCAUUGCUCCCAGUGUGAAAAGAGUUUUAAGCGGUUAGACACCCUCAAAGCUCAUGAGAGAAUACACACAGGGGAGAAGCCAUACUAUUGCGCCCAGUGUGGAAAGAGUUUUACGCAAUUAGGAAGCCUGAAAGAACACACAAGACUGCACACAGGGGAGAAGCCUUACCACUGCUCCCAGUGUGGAAAGAGUUUUAACCAGUCGGGAAGCCUGAAAGCUCAUGAGCGAAUCCACACAGGGGAGAAGCCUUACCACUGCUCCCAGUGUGCAAAGCGUUUUAUCCAAUUAGGAAGUCUGAAAGAACACAUGAGACUGCACACAGGGGAGAAGCCUUACCACUGCUCCCAGUGUGCAAAGCGUUUUGCCCAUUUAGGAAACCUGAAAGAACACAUGAGGCUGCACACAGGGGAGAAGCCUUACCACUGCUUCUGGUGUUCAAAGUGCUUUACCCAUUUAGGAAACCUGAAAGCUCAUGAGCGAAUACACACAGGGGAGAAGCCUUACCGCUGCUCCCACUGUGGAAAGCAUUUUAACUAUUCAGGAAAGCUGAAAGAACACAUGGGACUGCACACAGGAGAGAAGCCUUACAAAUGCUCAGACUGUGGGAAGACAUAUUACUCAUUACAGUCACUUAAACAUCAUGUACGAAUCCACACAGGAGAGAAUAAUUACUUAUCCUAUCUGCGUUAUCCACUCAAGUCAGCAGAGAGCGAUAUGAGUCUUUCAGGUGAUGCUGCUUGCGUGACGUAUAAUCUAGUGGACGGAACUGGAGGCUUCUUCAACAGCGACAAAAGGCUUCUGAUUCAACGAACGCUAAUCGACCGGAGCAUGAGCUCACAAAGCUCGACCGAGAAAGAAGCUCUGGUGAAAGGAGAGGAAGGAGCUUUCAGGAUGAAAAGGGAGGAAGAGGACGCAAUCACAUUGCAAGAAGAAGAGGAUGAUAUUACAGUGAAAGAGGAAGAUGGGAAAGAGGUUGUCAAAGUGGAAGGGGAGGAGGUAGAAGCUUUCAGAAUCAAAAACGAGGAAGAUGCCAUAACAUUGAAAGAAGAGAAUGUAGUGAAAGAAGAGGAAGAACCUUUUAGAGUAAAAGAGGAAGAGGAGGCUAUCUCAAUCAAAAAGGAGGAAGACGUUUUGGGAGUGAAAGCGGAGGAGGCUGAAGAUCAGACUACCACCAACGCUAGCCCUUCCUCCCUCCUGGAGUCCCCGUGUCGUACCUCUCCCGGUAGCGCCUUACUGCUGGGUAUGAAGAGGUUGUCUGUGCUAAUGGUGGACUGCAGGAAAACAACGGGGCUGAGUGUAACUGUGAGAGGAGGAGAAGAGAUGAAAGGAUCAGAUUUGACUCAAAGAGAAAGACCAGACUCAGUGGAACCAGAGCCAGGGACGUCCAAACCCGCAAGACGACACCAGUGCUCCCACUGUGAAAAGGGUUGUAACCGGUUAUGGGACCUGAAACAACAUGAGAGAAUACACACAGGGGAGAAGCCAUACCACUGCUCCCAGUGUGGAGAGUGUUUCUACUGGUCAAGGGAUCUGAAAAAACAUGAGAGAAUUCACACAGGGGAGAAGCCUUAUCACUGCUCCCAGUGUGGAAAGUGUUUCUACUGGUCAGGGGAUCUGAAAAAACAUGAGAGAAUUCACACAGGGGAGAAGCCUUACCACUGCCCCCAGUGUGGAAAGAUGUUUAAAUGGAAGGGGAACCUGAAAUCCCAUGAGAGAAUUCACUCAGGGGAGAAGCCUUAUCAUUGCUCACAAUGUGGAAAGAUGUUUUACCAAAAAGGACACCUGAAAGCUCAUGAGACAUUUCACACGGGGGAGAAGCCUUACCACUGCCCCCAGUGUGGAAAGGGUUUUAACGAUUUGGGGAAGCUGAAACGGCACGCGAGAAUUCACACAGGGGAGAAGCCUUACCACUGCUCCCAGUGUGGCAAGUGUUUUAACCAGUUAGGGAGCCUGAAACGACAUGAGAAAAUACACCGAGGGGAGAUGUAUUACCACUCCUACCAGGGUGCAAAGCUUUUGCCCAUUCAUGACUAUGGUGGAUCCUCUGCGGAGCCUCAACAACAUCCUGAUGCUGACGAGGCAGAGAAGAGUCUCUCUAGAUCAGAACACCAGAUGGACAACGCUAGCCCUUCCAGCCUCCCGGAGUCCAUGUGUCGUGCCUCUCCCGGUAGCACCUUACUGCUGGGUAUGAAGAGGUUGCCUGUGCUGCUGGUGGACUGCAGGAAAACAACGGGGCUGAGUGGAACUGUGAGAGGAGGAGAAGAGAUGAAAGGAUCAGAUUUGACUCAUCAAAGAGAAAGACCAGACUCAGAGGAACCAGAACCAGGGAUGUCCAAACCAGCAAGAAGACACCAGUGCUCUUACUGUGGAAAGGGUUGUAACAGGUUAGGGGCCCUGAAACAGCACGAGAGAAUACACACAGGGGAGAAGCCUUUCCACUGCUCCCAGUGUGGCAAGUGUUUCAGCCGGUCAGAAACCCUGAAAGCCCAUGGGAUAGUACAUACAGGGGAGAAGCCUUACCACUGCUCCCAGUGUGGCAAGUGUUUUAACCGGUUAUGGGCCCUGAAACAGCACGAGAGUAUACACACAAGGGAGAAGCCUUACCACUGCUCCCAGUGUGGGAAGUGUUUCGGCAGGUCAGAAUUCCUGAAAGCCCAUGAGCUAGUACAUACAGGGGAGAAGCCUUACCACUGCUCCCACUGCGAGAAGUGUUUUAAGCGGUUAAGGAAUCUGAAAGACCAUGAAAGAAUACACACAGGGGAGAAGCCUUACCACUGCUCCCAGUGUGGCAAGUGUUUUAAGCAGUUAGGGAAUCUGAAAGACCACGAAAGAAUACACACAGGGGAGAAGCCUUACCACUGCUCCCAGUGUGGCAAGUGUUUUAAGCGGUUAGGGAACCUGAAACGACACGGGCUAGUACAAGGGGAGAAGCCUUACCACUGCUCCCAGUGUGGCAAGUGUUUCAACCAUUCAGGGAAUCUGAAACAGCACGAGAGAAUACACGCAGGAGAGAAGCCUUACUGCUGCUCCCAGUGUGGAAGGAGUUUUUACCAUAAAAACAGCCUGAACCAACAUGAGAAAAUACACAGAUGGGAGAUGCAUUACCACUCCACCCAGGGUGCAAAGCUUUUGCCCAUUUAGGAAGCCUGAAAGAGCAUGACACAGAGAAUGUUUACAAAAGCUUAGACUUUGGGAAAACAUAUUACUCAUAACAAUCACUUAAACGUCAUUAGAGAAUCCACACAGGAGAGAGAAAUUGCUUCUCUUAGCAUGUAUAUUGAUAUUUCACAUCUCAUUUUUCUUACAAUUCAUCAGAGAACAUACCCAGUGCUCCCGUUGUCUUAUAUUGUUGCCUAUAAUGUGUUGACCUGUUUUUACCAUAUGAAAUUGAUGAGGAAUUUAAAAACUGUAUGUUUGAAAAACUUGGGGCCAAAGGAGUGGCUAAUAAGUCUGGCUGCACAUCUGGCUGGCUUACAUACUGCAAAUUGAGAAAUGAUGUGACCUAUUAUGUGACACAUAAUUUGCAUGUAAUCAAAUUUAUUACGAAGCCAUAAUGAAAUACAUACACAGGUGCUGUUCCAAUUGACUCAAAUGAUGUCAAUUAGCCUAUCAGAAGCUAUAGACAUAAUUUUCUGGCAUUUUCCAAGGCUGU